AUGUCCGCCCUCAGAUCCAUCACCGCCCUUCGCAGCACCGUCCGCCCAGGCUUCCUCCUCGCCUCCUCCCGCCCCUUGACCACCACCGCCCCGGUCCGCGCUGGCUCCGCCUUCAGCGGCAAGGAGGACAUUGGCGGCCCGGGAGGCCAGCAGCCCGUUCCGCCGAACCCAGGCGGGCCCGAAGCUCUCCGCCGAAACUGGAUGGUCAUUGGCGGCGCCGCCCUGGCCGUGCUCGUCGGCUACAACUGGAUCUACAAGAACCCCGACGAGGCGCGGCAGCAGCGCGACAAGACGCUCGGCGAGAUGAGCGGCAGGAACAAGACGGAGAUGGGCGGCUUUCGACAUGACUGA